CGCGCGUCGAGGGGCCAACUCUGCGCGAUGAUGACACUUGUGCACUCCAUGCUGCUGCUCGGUGCGAUUGCCUGCGAGUUGUCCACGGCAGUCCAGCUGCAGUGGCACGAGCCGUUGGAGCGGGGCGUGAAGAUCUCGCCGCAAGAGUUGGCCGAUUUGGGAAAUAGGGCCGAGCAGGAUGCUCGGGCGCAGGUGGCGGCCCAGCGCGGCAAUGUUUCUCUCGCGCCCGAAUGCUUCUCUUGCGCGCAGAAAGAUUACGUUGCGCCGUGCCCGUCGGGCUGGGAGGUGGCGAUUGGCAGUAUGUGCACGGCGCCGGCGGGUUAUGGUGGAUACUGCCGG